AUGCAUCAAGCAAUCAUGCAAGUCCUUCUACUGCUCCCGAUAGUUCUCCCGGUUGUCAGCAUGAUCGUCCGGCGUGCAGCAACGCCGAUCAAGGCACGCCUGGCCACCCUCAAGUCCGUUCUAACAAGUAAGCCACAAUUUAUGUUCGUCACGGAUUGCGCCACGGUGCAUCACCUUCUUGUGCGGGGCAGCAAAGCCGCCGCCGGCGGCGGCUCCUUCUCCAACCGCUUGUCGUCCAUGUCACCCAGCGCCUUCCUCUCCGGCCAGCUCUACCACAACAUCACCUCGGCACCCUACGGCCAGCUCUGGCGCGCCCUCCGCCACAACCUCACCUCGGGAGUCCUCCACCCGACGCACCAGCACAGCUACGCGGCCGCACGGCGUCAGGCGCUACGGGGCCUCAUCGCGGACCUCAGGGCGCAGCAGCUCACCAACGGCGUGGCGCUCGCCGCGGAGAGCAUCCGUGGCGCGUUGUUUCGCGUCAUCUCCACCAUUUGCUUCGGCGACGGUGUCGACGCGGCCGUGGUCCGCGCCAUGGACGACGUCCAGAUGGAGCUAGUCAUGGCCCUAUCUACAAUGCGCAUGUUCAUGUCCAUGUCCGUGCCGUUCCAGGUGGCGUCUAGGCUUACCUACCACAAGCGGUGGAACAAGCUGGCCGCGAUACGGCAGAAGCAGGAGGAGCUGUACCUCCCGCUCAUCGAUGGCUGCCGCAGCCAUCGCUGGCACUCUGACGAGGCUCUGACUUACGUGCACACGCUCCUCGACCUCCAGGUUCCGGUAGAACUCGAAGCAGACGACGAGGCAGGAGCUGCUGAGAGGGGAAGCAAAGGCAGCAGCGGAGGCUCGAGGACGUGGAUCAUGGCGAACCUGAUAAAACGCCCAGGCAUACAGGAAGCCGUCCGGAGGGAAAUAGAAGCUGCUGUGGACGCCGAUGCUGAGGAGGUCGGGGAGGAGGUUCUAGGGAAGCUAAACUACCUCAAUGCUGUCAUCUUGGAGGCCCUCAGGCUACAUCCCACCACUGCGCGGGCAUUUAGGCAGCCGACGCUUGAUCGUUGCUUCUACAAGUUCAAGUUCGAAUUUGCUCUAGUUGUGUGCUACGAGCAAUGUCCAGAUUUCAUCCUGCAAUGGCUAGACAGCCUUGUGUAA